AUGUCCGACGAUACUCAAGUUAUUGCAUCAUCAAAAAAUGGAAAGACGUCAUCAUCUUCAAUGGACAGUAACAAGAUUAUAGCGAAUACACAAACAUCAAAAAUAUCUUCCGAUCCAAUUCCACCAUUUGACGAUACGCUAACAAUGCUUCGACCAAGAGUAACUAGGAGUAAGUUUUUUAAGCAGAUGCGUGAUGAUUUGCAAAGCAAUGAUUUAACAAAUGAAUCAGGAACCGACGGAUCAGCAUAUCAUAAAAAGUCAUUAUUGAAAUUAGAGGAACAUGUACAUUUAGAGAAGGGUGUGAAACCAGGUGACAACACUAACAAGUAUCUUGAUGGUGAAGGGAACGUACUUGAAAGCUCUAAAAAUUCUAAUGUACCUCUAGAAAGUCCCAAGAAUCAACAUACCCCAAAAUCGAAAUCCGUACUUGAAGAUGAUAUUUUAAAACAGAACUUUGCAUUAUCGACACCUUUGGCCAAGAUGCAACUUCCAGAAAGUCCAGAUUCAGCCACAGUGACAUCUAAGGAAAUGAGCAACACCGGUUCCCCAACUUCGGGUGCAGAAAUAUUUAGACGACUACGAGAAGGUCAGAAUACACCAUUUGAGUAUGAUACUGAACUUGGAAUUGUAUUGGAUAAGCAAGAAAAAGGAACUGAAUAUGAUGAUGGAGAAAGAGACUCAACGAUGGAUUCAGGAAUAAAGCUAAACUUUAAUAGUGCAGUUAGUUAUAAAGGUAUUCUAGAAGACAUAGACAAUGAGCAUGAAAAGCCACAUGAUAACGUCUAUGAAAAGAAUUCAAGUGGGAAAAUAGGAACUGACCGUGCAAAUUAUUCUGUUGUGAGUGAGAUAAACGAUACAACAGGCGACUUUGAUCAGCCAAUCCUACACGGCGAUUUAAGCAUGGAUGGAUCCGAUGAUGUACAGGUUCCAAAUUCUGGAAAUAAUACUGUGACUUCACCUUUGAAAGUUGAUGAAAAAAUAGGCAAUAAUGUGGUUCAAGGGAAGGCUACACAGGAUGGCUCUGACAAAAUACAUCACAAAGCUUUUGCUGAGAGUAUUGUGAAUCUUAGUUUACCUCACGAUACUCAAGUUGUUGCCAGCCAGGAUGGAAGAUUAAGAAUGGAUGAGGGAGGCAUCAUAAGUGAUAACGAAGAUCGCAAUGAGAGUGAGCGUAUUCUUGUGGCAAGUUCUCCAGGAGUAACACCAAGUGUUUCUCAACAAUCUACACAGCUUAUUGCAAGAGAAAAAUCUGCAUCGUCUACGUUUCCUAAGGAGACCCGUUUUCAAAUUGAACAGUCUUUGCAAUCAACAGAAGUUAUAUCGGAUAGCGGGAAUGACAAAUUGGAUAAUCAAAUGUAUCCAGAAACUUUGAGAAUACAGGAAACCGAUGAGAAGACACAGACCGAGGUGACUAGGAUAGAUAACAAUAUAGCAAGCAGCAACGAGAAAAGACUGGCUGUAAAGAUUUCUGAAUCGGGUGAUAUUGCUAUGAAGGAUACCUUAAGCAUAUUGAGUUCAUCUAAUACACAGACAUGCAAUAACCCAUCCCAACUGGAUACAAAACAAGCCAAAAAAAAUAUUUUGAAGGAGCCUGCUCAGGAAGGAGUUAAUAUUGAUGAAAGCGAUGCAAAAGCUGCAAAUGCCAAUAUUGAGGUACGCGAGGAUGACAAUAAUAAGAACCAAAAGAAGAAAAUGCCAAUUGAAGUGGGGUCUCCACAAAAUGCAGAUUCUAAAAUAGAGUUACAACAGGAUAUUAGCCACAACGAGGUAUCCCGACAAGACAUAAACUCUAGGGUAAACUCAUACAUUGACAGCUGCAUGCAAACUGACGAUUUAACUUUGGAUGAGAAUGUUGAAGAGCAAAACUCCUCUAAGCAUUCAUUGGCUUCAAUCCCAGAGGGGAUUUUAAGGCAAGAAGAAGCAACAGAAGAUUUUGAUAUUUACUCUUAUGAGCCGUUCAAUAGCAUACUUGUAACAGAUGGUACGUGCAUGAAUAUCUUCAAAAUUACAAAGGCUUGGAGAGCAGCUGAUAAUACUGCCAUGUUUAGCGUGAACAAUUCUGGCGGAAGUUGGGAAAUAAAUCAAAGUUGUAUUCUGGCGCCGGCUUUCCUGCGUGUUGGUGAUAUAGUUAAAUAUGACGGAAUGAAAAAAUACAAAUUCAAAAUUACGGGACUUGAAUAUGUGAUUUCUACGGAACCAUCAAAAUCUGAGGUUACUUGCUGUCGCGGAUAUAAUACUGCAUAUAUCAGAAGGUAUAGGGCAAAAGGCUCCAAAGGUGGAAGACACUAUCCCGCACUUUUGGGUCGUGAGAUUAAAGUUAAUAUCGAAAGGUUAUAUCUCAAUGGUUCCCUGUAUGGAAAAUAUCCUUACCGAAUAUUUGAUGAUGAAUCAACUUUUAAUAAUUUUGUGGAAGACUGCGUAAAAAGGUAUGGGUCUGAAUACAGAUCGAAACGAGCCAAAAUACAUAAUGCUGCAAGUGGUGGGUGCUUCAAAAAUUGUUUGUUUCUCAUGACUAUGCCAACUGGAUCAAAUGAUCAUUUAAGUGAUGAGCAAUUGUCAAAAGUGGAAAGCUUUCUUAAAGAUAAUGGAGCUACAAUUGUAUCCGAAUUUGAGAAAUACAUAUAUAUCUCUAAAUGUGGUCAUCCAGGAUCAGGAUCAUACUCUAUGACCUUCAGAUCUGGAGUCAAAAAAUUCAAUUUUGUUGCGCUUCUUUCUACGAAACAAAUAAGAACGUUAAAAUAUUUACAGUGCCUGGCUUUGGGGUGGCCAAUACUAAGUUUCACUUUUAUAUUUGACUGCAUCGACAAUCCAGAAUAUAGAGAAAGAUGGAAUUCAUUCUGGAUGUCAUAUCUUCUUCCAGCUGGGGAUUCUUCGUACCGUAACUGUACGUUAAGUCUAAAUAUAUGUCCAUUUGUUGAAAAUUGGAGGAAAGGCUUUGGACUUGAAAACCAAAUUGGGUUGAACGCCGAUCUAUUCGAAGGAGAAACAAUAUUAGUGGAUAAUAGCGAAAAAAGUUCAGUUGACAAUGUUGGUCUUGUCUUUAUUUUGAAGUCCCUGGGUUUCCAAAAAGUGUUCUUUUUGAACGAAGAGUUUUCAUACGGAAGUAUAAUCAACGUUGCCACAAAAUUGCGCAAAUAUUCGAAAGGUCCAAUUUGCUGUUAUUUUUAUUCAGAUCAUAAAGUUGACUAUUUACCAGACCUAAUUGAAUCGACAAAUCAGAAGCAGUUUGCGGGAGGAUCUUCUUCAUGCUUGGAUAACUUACCAUUUUUGAUAAUUAAUUGGGAGUGGUUGGUACAGUCAUUGAUAGCAGGCUUUGCAUUUGAACCUUUAAAGGUGUGGGCCCUUAAAGAAGAGUAUAAGUCUACAUAG